GCGGUGACAGCUUGACAGGCUGAAGCAUCUCGCCGGUGCGUAGCCUUUGCAACUUGAUCAUGUACUGUACAUCUAGUCUAGAAAUGACGUGCAAGACUGCAUCAUGACAAGGGAACGCAUUGUUGGUCCCACAACGUGCCUGAAUGAUUGCAGCAGUACUGCCCUUCUCCACAGCACUAACCACGGAUAGCUGGAUAGCCCUCUCCUAUCUUCCCGUCUUCCAACUCUCCACAGUCCACAGAGCAUACUGUGUACUAGCAUGGACUUGCAUCAACAAUAAUGAGAGUCAUCAAGCCACUACUGCGCUAGUCUGUGGAGUCAAUCCUGCUACCCAGGCGCCAGGCACCCCACGUUUGUCAAUUCUUUUGACCUUUCUUGCACCAAUUCAGCUAGCCAGUUUCUUCAUUACUACCUCCCUUAGCUCUACACCGAAUGCGCCCAGCACUGUGCAUGUGCCUAAUCCAACCCGUAGCAGUGGCUAAGUGCGGGAAUAAAAAUCAAGGCAUGAUCACACCAUCAUUCAGUGUAUACUUAUUCACCGGCGUGAAUUGACGCCGGCAUACUA